AUGUCUGUUCGUACUUCUGCAAGAUCUAAUAAGGGUCAAAAUAAAUACAUCGAAUAUCUGCUAGAGGAGGAGAAGGAAGUAUCAAAGAAGAAAAGCGCAAAGAAGAAGCUCGACUCACGCAGUAAGAAGAAGAAUAAGGUUGACUCUUUGCAUGAACUAAAUAAAGACACGGAGAAAGAAGAGGCAGACGAAGCAGACGACGGCUAUGUUAGAUGUUUGUGUGGUGCAAACAAUGAGAAUUAUGAUGCUGCUGAAUAUUCGCAUGGAGACAUGGUUCAGUGCGAUGGCUGCGAUUCUUGGCAGCACAUUAAAUGUAUGACCGAUGGUAAAGACGUCAUAGAUGGACUAAUGAAUGAGGAUUCUAAAUACUACUGUGAAUUAUGUGACCCAUCAAUGUAUGCACAUUUAGAAGAAUCAAAGAAGGUGGAGGUUUCAGAGGACGAAGAUUACGAUGAUGAUGUUUAUAAGCCUAUUAAUGACCACAAUGACAAUGAUGCAGAUGCCUUUCUUGAUGAAGAAAGUCCCAGGAAACGAAAAAGAAGCUUUGAUAACCCUAGAAGGACACCUAACAAAACCAAGCAAGUGAAAAAAUCCACUGGACCAACAAAAAGGAAAAAAAGUACUGAUGUCACUAAUUCAGAUACUCUUGAAAAUAAGAUACCUACCGAAAGAGAUUUUGAAAGCGAAAAAGAACAUAAAUUAAGGUCUAAUGCAGAAAAAAUGUUCUCUACCUUGUUUAGUAAGUUCAUAAUCCCCGAGACAAUAGAAGCAAAGCUUUAUAACCUUCCUGAGAGAAAAGAUACUAUUGUGGUCUCACAAGAAUUUGCCCAUAAUCUGGAGAAUGAACUUUAUAAGGCUUGCCUGAACGUUGAAUUUGGUACGUUAGACAAGGUAUACACUGAGAAAGUGAGAUCUUUGUACUCUAACUUAAAGGAUAAGAAAAAUUUGGAACUGAAGGCACACGUUAUAGAGGGUAAAUUAGCUUUGAAUAAGUUGGUAAACAUGAAUGCAUCAGAAUUAGCAAAUCCUGACCUACAAGAAUUUAAGGAGAAAAGAGAUAAAGUUACUUUAGAAAACUUUAUUGUAGAGGUUCCAGAUAAACCCAUAUAUGUUAAGACCCAUAAGGGUGAUGAGCUAAUCGAAGAUUCCGCUGAACCUCAAGAGGAUAUUUUGUACUCAAAAGAUAGCAUAAGGUUACACAGUAAUGAGAAUUUUAAUGACGAUAAGAAAAAAAUCGAUCAGCCUCAUGACAUUGACAUUGAAAAACAACCCAGCCCAACUGAAAUAGCAAGUGAAGGACCUCUAAGGUGCUCGUUCUUGUAUCCCAGCGUAGGGCUCGAAUUUACAGGUUAUUUAAAUUACGUCGGAACUUCACAAAAGCUUAAGAGGAAUAUUCUCAAGGAAGCUAUUGGUGACGGAAAUCUAUAUGUAGAAGGACGCUUGCCUUUAACUACUGCUGUACCUUAUCUCAAAGAAAUCUCAUCCUCUAGAGCAAUAUUAGUUUAUCAGAUGUUCCCCUUAAAUGACAACAAAAGUAACGCAACUUUUGCGGAAGUUGUGGACUUAUUGGAAAAUAAAGGUCGUAUUGCUGGUAUAAAGCCAAAAGCUAGGUACGAGAAAGACUUUUAUAUUGUUUCAUCAAAAGGCGGUGAAGUUCCUAAAAUUUUGGAUGACAUUUUAAACAAUCACAAUAGCGAAGGAUAUGAGAGAUUUUCGCCCGUGAAAUCAGAUGAAAGAAGAUUAUUCGCAUUUGUUGUAGUAAAACAGGAGCUUAUUCAUUGA